UGUAAUAGACAUCCAAGGGGGAGUAUUAUGAUAAUAUUAAAGUAUUUGGCUUAUAUUAGGUGUUCAUCGUUAUGUCUAUAGAUAGAUUUCUUUAUGAAAAUAGAAUUCUAUUUCUGUAAUCCUUUAUACUUAUAGAUAGGUGUUAUAAUCAACGGAAUGAUACAAAAAAAUUUCUUUCUUUUCUCUUUAUUUUUUUUGUUCUUAUCUUUAUUUUACUAUACUCUUUAUUUUUGUUCUUUAUUUUAUAGUAAUACUGUAUUUUUUUCAAAAUAAGAAUAUAUUAAUCUAAUUUUUAUUUUUAAAUUAUCUUAUACUUAAAUUCAAAUUUAUUAAAGAUAAUAUGAUGAUAUAUUGAAUUUCAUUGGCUUUAUUGAUUUUUGUGUCUUUUAAAAUUUAAAAAGUCUAAAAGGAUAAUCAUCUAAAAAAAAUUAAAAUGUGAAUAUAAAUAUUAAAGUAAAAAUAUAAAAAUAAAAUGAGGUAAAAAACAAAUUACUAUACAUUUUUAUCAGCAUUUAAGAAAGGGUAUAUGAUGUAAUUUUCUCAUAAUUAUAAUUACUAUUGAUUGUUACGCAGACAAAGCCGGCCCAUGAGACUCUCUCAGCAUCUCUGUGCUCUCUUUUUCAGUCCCCAGUCUCUACCUUUAUUUCCUUUUACAAUGAUAUUUUCAUUGAAUAAUAUAGUUUAAUAAUUUUUCAAUGUUAUGCUCUCCCUCUCAGUCUCCUCUUUCUCUCUCUCUUUCUCGUCCUUCUGCUUCUUCAUCUUCAACUUGUUCUUUUUGUUUUCGCAGCACUAGUCUCUGAUUUAAUAAUGUCACAAACAGACACAACAAUCACAUAAAACGACGAAACCAAAAACCACCAAAUGCAAGAGACGCUUCUCCGUAUCUCUCAACCCACUUCAACUGAUAAACAGGACAACAACAAUAACAAGAAGAACAAGCAAACAAGCUGCAGGCGCGUGACCCCCACCACCUCCAUUGUCGUCUCUGAGAAACUCCUCCCUAACGGGGACAUAUACACCGGGACAUUGUCGGGGAGCGUGCCUCAUGGGAAAGGCAAGUACUUAUGGUCUGAUGGAUGUAUGUACGAGGGAGAGUGGAGAAAAGGCAAAGCUAACGGUAACGGAAAGUUCUCGUGGCCUUCUGGAGCUACGUAUGAGGGAACAUUCAAAGACGGAAAAAUGAACGGACAAGGAACAUUUAUUGGUAUCGAGGGUGAUUCUUACAGAGGUCAAUGGCUGUCUGAUAGAAAACAUGGGUAUGGAGAGAAAUGCUACGGUAAUGGAGAUGUGUAUGAAGGGUGGUGGAGGUGCAAUCUCCAAGAUGGGGAAGGGAAGUACAGGUGGAGUAAUGGGAAUGGGUAUUUUGGGGAGUGGAAAAAUGGUUUGAUUCAUGGGAGAGGAGUGUUGGUUUGGGCUAAUGGGAAUAAAUAUGAAGGUUAUUGGGAGAAUGGUGUACCUAAAGGGAAAGGGGUUUUUACUUUUGCUAAUAACAAUAAAUAUGAGGGAAGUUUAAAGAGGUCUUCUUGUGUGGAUGCUAAUAGUUAUCCAAGGAUUUGCAUAUGGGAGUUGGAUGGUGAGGCUGGUGAUAUUACUUGUGACAUUGUCGAUAAUGUUGAGGCAGCUUCUAUUAUGUACUAUGAUAGUAAAGAUUCUGAUGCUGAAGAAGGGUGUUGUAAUGGUAAAGAAAGUAGUAAUAUUGCUGUAGUAGUUGACAAUUUGCAGUGCCAGAGAAGCAGUCCUUGUAGUUCUGCUGAUGGUGAUGUUAAAAAGCCAGGCCAAACCAUUUCCAAAGGGCAUAAGAAUUAUGAUUUAAUGAUUAAUCUCCAACUGGGUAUCAGGUAUUCUGUUGGGAAGCAUGAUUUAUUGAUGCGGGAACUAAGGCAAAGUGAUUUUGAUCCCAAGGAGAAGUUCUGGACAAGGUUUCCACUUGAAGGAUCAAAGAUUACGCCGCCACAUCAGUCUGUAGACUUUAAAUGGAAGGAUUAUUGUCCCAUGGUGUUCAGACAUUUGAGGGAAUUGUUUGCAAUAGAUCCCGCGGAUUACAUGGUAGCUAUUUGUGGAAAUGAUGCGCUUAGGGAAUUUUCUUCCCCUGGGAAAAGUGGAAGCUUCUUUUACCUAACUCAAGACGAUCGUUUUAUGAUUAAAACUGUGAGGAAAUCUGAAGUUAAGGUUCUCAUUAGGAUGCUUCCGAAUUACUACCAACAUGUUUGUCAGUAUAAGAACUCUUUGAUAACAAAGUUCUUUGGUGUACAUUGUGUGAAACCAGUUGGAGGUCAAAAGAUCCGUUUUAUUGUGAUGGGCAAUUUGUUCUGUUCCGAGUACCGCAUCCAUAAACGCUUUGACCUGAAAGGUUCUUCUUAUGGUCGUGCAACUGACAAGGCUGAGGGAGAAAUUGAUGAGAUGACCACGCUUAAAGAUCUAGAUCUUAAUUUUGUGUUUCGGCUUGAACGGUCAUGGUAUCAAGAGCUCAUCAGGCAAAUCUAUAGAGAUUGUGAGUUCCUAGAAGCUGAAGGGAUUAUGGAUUACAGUCUUUUGAUUGGUCUUCACUUUCGUGAUGAUUACUCGAGUGAUGAGAUGAAGACAUCACCCAACUGCCUGCAUCUUGAGACGGGGAAUAUGCAUCACGAUAAAACAUCCAUGCGAGGUUAUCACUUGCUGCCAGAUAUGGAUUGGGUUAUGGAAGGCCGGGGCCCAUUUAUCCGGUUGGGAGCAAACAUGCCAGCAAGGGCAGAGCGUGCGAUGAGGGUUGAGUUGGAUCAGUGCGUGGGCGGUGGAAAUACCAACUCAACACCUCCAUAUAGUAGUGGUCAAAUGUUUGACGUGGUUCUCUACUUUGGUAUCAUUGACAUCCUCCAAGAUUAUGACAUAAGCAAAAAACUAGAACAUGCAUACAAGUCUUGCAAGUGGAUGCCACUUCCAUCUCAGCUGUUGAUCCAAAGCUAUACUCAAAAAGGUUCCGGGAUUUCAUACAUAGAAUCUUCGUGGAGGACAAGUGACGAGGGGCAAAGACAUUUCAACUUUGGAAAAUGCGGCACCCCUUCAACUAAAACUCCGGGUGACAUCCGCAAAAAGCAGGGUGCCAGACGUGUGAGUUCUCCGGGCGUGAAAGAUGGUACACAUAUUUGGUCAGGCUGGUUGAUGGCUGAUGGAUAAGAUGAAAGUUGACGGCUAAUAUUUGUUUUGGUUUGUUGAGUAAAAAGGGUGAAGGCCGGAAGUAUCAUGAAGCUUAGUGUAGAAAGUAGGGAAAUGAUUCUGCCACGGAUCGAAGUGUACAGUCAAAAAAAGCAACAAGGAAGAAGAAUGAGUAUCUAUUGUGUCUAUAUAGAGAGAGAUUGGAGUUCAAAUUUUUUUGAACAGAGGGUUUGCCGGCUGAGCAUGGAAGAAGAAAAGAGAAAAAUAAUUAAUGAUCUCUCUUUUUCUCACAUUCAUUUAAUCAAAAAUGGCAUGUUUCUUUUUUCCAUUAAGCAAGCCAUGAAAAGAAGAGAAAAGCACAAAAAAGAAAGAUGCCGGCUUAUGUUCUUUUAUUUCUUUUUCUUUUUUUGUCUCUUUAUUGAAUUCAAGGUUUGAAAAGUGAAAUAACAAUGCAAUUGUAUGUCCCUUUUAUUAUGCAUCUUUUUCAACAAUAGCAAGAAGCUAACAGUACGACAAAGCAA